AUGGAGCCAAGUUGUUACAUGAAGCAGGCGAGAGCAAGAAUCCUAAUUCACUCCUAUUUCAGGAGUCACUCGGCUCUUUAUUUCUCCUACACACACCUUGUUUGCCGCACUGCCAUUCCAGGACAUCAGGAGGGACGCUUGGAUCUGUCUCAUCCCGUCCACGUGGAUAACUGUAUACUGGAACCAGAAACCAGACAAUGCUGGAGAGAAGCGCCUGCAUUCACACACAGAGACCUGAGUGCAGUUCUCUACCUAAAUGAUGAUUUUGAAGGAGGAGCUCUUUUCACCGAUAGAGAUGCCAAAACAGUCACAGCCAGAGUGAAGCCCAGCUGUGGGCGCCUUGUUGGUUUUACUUCAGGACUGAACCCUCACGGUGUCACGGCGGUCACGGCAGGCCGCAGGUGCGCUCUAGCACUCUGGUUCACCACGGAAAAACUUCACAGGGACAUGGAACGAGAGGAGGCUGAAGCCAUGUUUGGACUCGAAGGAAAGGAGGAAAUGGAGGAAAAGGAGGAGUCCGAUAGCAAACACGCACCUGCUCGCAGUGGGCGGAGCCAGCCGUCUAAAGUCAGAAGCAAAGAGAGGGAGAGGGUAUCGAGUGGGAAAGACGAACUUUGA